CGCUUGCGAGUCUAUAUCGAGCCGAAGUAUGGGCUCUCCUACGCGGCGCAAUUACCGACUGCCUUGUCGCAGCUAUUACAGACAGCGCUCAUUGCCAUAUAAGGGUCUCGUCGGCCGGUCCGCUGAACCUCUUUGGUCGAUCCUUGCAUCGGUGCCUCAUUGAGCACAGACGGCUGCUCUUCGUGCAAAACUCUUCGACUGCUAUCAAGGAGCGAUGUCCCAGGCUACAAACCACGAAGGCGAUACCUUGGAAGAUCAACAGGAGAUGGCUACGAUCAGCCAGUGCGGAGUAGUAGCGCUGCAUGACCAGGAGUACACGGAAGAGUCUGUAGGCUUUCAAGCUCUGGGACUCGAGCCCGUCGUUCAGCAUUUUGUAGAAUCAGGGGGCUUUGGAUUGGGGCUCAUAUACCAGGUGUGUCAACGCUCGCCUCAACGGCCUACUAUUCUAGACGAACUGUGCAGCAAACGGAAGCAAUUAUCGCAAAAUCCAUCUUCGACCUGUCAAUGAGGGGCGAGUCCACACACGCAGUGAGCUACCCAAACGACUUGUCCUUGAAGCUCGAGCGACCGUGCAUCUCGACUACGAAUCGCGCCAUAUUACUGGCUAAGGCAAUAUCGCGACGCUCGAAAUUGGUCGAACUCUCUUCCAAGCUGUCGUGUCGAGAUACUAUCUGGCGAGCUCUGGAGGAAGAUGAUUGCUAUGUCCUCAAAAUGCUGCAACACGCUGUGUCUUACGAUAGAGAAGAGAUAAUGCAGCUUCGCGAGGACGACGCAGCUUCGUUUUUGACCCUCGCCGACUCGGUCUUGUACACCAGUGGAUUCGGACGCGGUAUCUUCUCUCGACAGAUCAAUUUUCCCGCACCGGAUGCGGAAACACACGCCUUCCGAGAUCGACUUCACCGCAUAAGCGUCAGACUGUCAAUGGCCUCCUUCCAGCUUCCGGAAAGCCUGUACCUCAUAGGUGUCACCCUCAGAGACGCGAGACAAGCUGGAGGAGGGUAUGCUGACAUUCAUAGGGGCUAUUACCGGGCACGUCACGUGGCAUUGAAGACGAUGCGCGUUUGCACGCGUCAGGAGCUCGAGAUGUCCAAGCACUUGAAGAUGUUCUGCCGCGAGAUCACGUUGGUUCAUAGUCUCAGCCAUCCAAACGUAUGCGAACUUAUAGGUGUCGACCGCGAACUUUUCGGAGGAAACUUUUGUCUCGUGACGGACUGGAUGCCGUAUGGAAAUAUCAUGGACUUCAUCGGAACGUACUCAUUUGUCCUCGAAGAGGUCAAUCGGCUUGUGGUGGAGAUAGCUUCAGCUUUGGCAUACCUGCACGGCAAGAAUGUUGUCCACGGAGAUCUGCAUGCGAAGAAUAUCCUUAUUGACGCUGGCCGACAUGUUCGCCUCGCAGAUUUCGGACUGUCGGAUUUCUCGGAUGCAUCCUCCGCCAGUGUCAGCUCUGCGUCCCCCGGCGCAGCGCGUUAUAUGGCUCCAGAGAUUUUGUCCCCGGAGGAAUACGGCCUUAAACAUGUCCGUCACACGCCCCAAAGCGAUGUUCAUUCAUUCGCAAUGUGUAUAUGGGCGAUUUUCAAUGGCGACUCCCCCUUCCACAGCUGCCCAGCGAUAACGGCCUCUAUAGCUAUCUGCCGCGGCAAGCGCCCAUCGCGUUAUACAGCCAACCACGUCCUCCCAGAACCACUCUGGUUUCUGUUGACACGCUGCUGGCGGGAUCAAGCGGGUGAUAGGCCUAGCUCGUCCAAUCUCUACCGUGAACUUUCUCACAUGUUCGCGCCUCACACUACGACGGACGCCGACAUCAGAACUCCAGCUGCCGGCAGCGGACUAGUCGUCCCGUCGCAUCUAUGCCGCAAAGCAGACAACCAUGGGGAUAAGGCGCCCCUUAGCAGCCAGCCAGAGAGCGAUGACGGCACACUCGGCACACGGACGGUACUCAAGUCCCAUCGUACUGCGCACUGCGCCAGGACCGGCCCCGUUUCGGCGUCCCAACCGCUGCACACACUACUAAGCGCCUUCGAGCGUCUACGCAUCAACCCAGCAGCCAUGCCAAGCCAGGCGCCGCAGACAGUCCUCGGCCUGGCAAGCAUUUACCCUGGUGCAGAGCACCUCGUUCCCCAGAUGCUAUAUCAUCCCCCACAGGACCAAGAGCUGCCCAGCACAAACACAUCAUCGGUCAUGUUCUAUGUUUCUGAUCUGCGAGGCUGCGGGAUCAGCUGUCCCGACGCGCUCAACGGGCGGUUCGCGGAGCUGAAGGAUGCGAACGAGAUUAUCGAGUGCCAAAGCUUCGCGUUUCUGAGAAUUUUGGUGCGCGUUGGCCUGAUUACGAGCCCUGGUCGGUUUUCACCUUUCUUCACCCCAACACUACUCGGGCAGACCUGGCGAGAUGGGUCAGUCUCUGCACACAAGCAUUUCUCAAUGAAUCGUCGGCGAAGUGUCUGAACCCUAAUACGCGUUGGCGGCUGGGCCCCGGUGCCAUCGCAUUCUCCGACCUCGAGCUAGUCGGUCUACAGCCUGUAGCCGCACGAGACUGGCAGGUCCACUUCCGAGUGCGGUCAACAACACUUUUGGCAGCCUAGUCUGCAGGGUACGAGCUAUCAACUUGUAUUCAGCGUUCCCGUCGACGGCGCGCGAUACUGGUCAUGGUAGGCACGCCCCCACCCCCAAGCAAUCCUACAUCCUUCCUUUCCGAUACCUUCGUGCAUCCACUUCUCGUCCCACAAAGAUCUAACCAUGUAAUGUCAGCUCUGUACUAUAUCCCUGUACUCGUAGUCCAUAUCGAGCGAAUCAGACUCACGAUGGUUCCCCGC